GCGAACCUAACCCUAAUCAGUAAUCAAUGGAGGAACACUCUGCAUCUGCAACUGAAAGGAGAGAGGACACGGGGAAGUUGCAGUUUGGAUGUGACCACUAUAAGAGACGAUGCAAAAUUCGAGCCCCGUGUUGCAAUCAGAUCUUCCCAUGUCGUCAUUGCCACAACGACGCCAUGAGCUCAUCUAUCAACCCCAUGGAUCGUCAUGAACUUGUCAGACACGAUGUUGUGCAUGUUAUAUGUUCUAUCUGUGAUACUGAACAGGAGGUUGCCAAGGUGUGUUCUAAUUGUGGUGUCAACAUGGGAGAAUAUUACUGCGAGAUUUGCAAAUUCCAUGAUGAUAAUACAGAUAAAGGACAAUUUCAUUGCGAUGAAUGUGGGAUUUGCAGGGUUGGUGGUCGUGAUAAUUUCUUUCACUGUGAGAAAUGUGGCUCUUGCUAUUCAGUGAGUUUGCAAAACAAUCACAAAUGUGUAGAGAACUCAAUGAAGAGUUUCUGCCCUGUCUGUUACGAGUACAUGUUUGAUUCAAUAAAAGGCAGCACAAUUUUGAGGUGUGGGCACACAAUGCAUAUGGAAUGCUAUCAAAAUAUGGCCACUCAAAAUCAGUAUCGUUGUUGUAUCUGCUUGAAGACAAUAUUCGAUAUGUCUCAGAGCUGGGAACAAUUAGAUCAGGAGAUUGAAGCUGGUCCUAUGCCCGAGGAGUAUAAUUUUGAGGUAGUUUCAAUUCUGUGUAAUGAUUGUAACACAACCAGCAGAGUUUCCUUUCACAUAUUUGGUCACAAGUGUAGACAGUGCAGUUCGUAUAACACCCGUAGGAUUUCGACACCCUAACAUGAGGAAAGGUUUUGGUGUUAGUGAAACCCAAUUACAAAUUCAUCCAAAAAUUCCUAUUUGAAUUUUUUCCUUUUUUAUUUUUUAUUUUUGGAAUAUUUCACUUUUGGCUAUUAUUCCCCGAUGUAAUUUCAAAGGAAAUAAGAGAAUAUCUGGAUGUACAUGCAAUUUGUUCUAGCGCAUUGUCUCGUCCAUUCAGGCAGAAGAAAAAGAGAAUCAUUUGGUAAUUCCUGAUGACAUUUGAGUUGCCAAAAAGUCGAGAAAAAUCAAUUUCUCAUUUCAUUUGAUGUUCGAUUUUGGAUACACCCAGCAAUAUCAGUUUUGUUGGGGCUUUUUUUUUAUUGUUCUUUGGCUUUGUAUACCAUUAAACAAGUGAUUUAUUUCUC